GCUGGGGGUGGCUAUGGCCCACUCCUUUUUUGCCGAACUUUGAUGCUCAGGUAGUGAUCUUAAAGAUAAUGGGGGAAAACAACCAUAAAGAUUUUCCAAUCUGUCUAGAGCCCCCUCCCACUCAGAAAUGUGCUCCGGCGUCUUCACCCCAAACAAAGCUUGACAUGUCUCGCUCUCGUAGUAAGCAGUUGCUCGCAUUGAACAAAAAAAAGCAAAGUAAAAUUUGCUGUAGACAUGAAAUGUUUAUGAAACCAAACCAAGGAUAUGGACGACCAUGCUUUUGUCAUCGAAAUUGAUUGCCAGUUUAAGCGAACCUCUGUUUAAAGGCGGAGAUUCGUUUGAUUCUCUGUCCGACAAGAUGAUUAAUUUUGCAGAGAAAAAUUGAAUAAGCAAUGUAUAACAGGUGGCUAAGCAGUAGGUAAAUUAGAAAAGUGUUUUGCUUGUUUUAAACAGCAGUCUCGUUUUUUCAAUUAACAGGCGGUAAUGCCUUUCUUCUCACUCCCAAUUUUGACGCACAAGGCAUAGUUCAUGUUCUGCCAAAAUGAUGACAAGAAUUCCGAGUCUGGCAGUAUUUGCAUUCUUGAUUGUUGCUGCAACUUGCAACAAAGCGUCCGUAACAACCUACAUCAAGAAUAAAAAGUUUUCAUGCCCCGAUGUCGAUAAAAAGAUUUACAAAGCAGCUAGUGAAAUGCAGUGCGUUCAUAAGUGCCUGAGAUACGACAAGUGUACCACAAUUAACUAUAAUGCUGCUAAUGAUGCAAAGGAGAACUGUGAAGUAUUUUCAAGCAGUAGUUGCUCAACAACUGCUAUUUCAAGUCACUGGACGGGAAUAGUCAUUCAGCAGCAAACGUCUUCAGAGCCAAAAGUAUAUGACAGUUGCAAGGAAAUAUUUUCGAAUGGAGCAGUGACGUCUGGCGUAUACAGGCUGAAAUCUGGUCUUCAUUUUUGCAACAUGAGUAAUGUUGGUAGCUGCGGAGGUGGCGGCUGGACACUUGCAAUGAAAGUUGAUGGCUCAAAGACUACAUUCAAAGCCUCUUCUGCAUACUGGACAAACAACGAAAUUUUUGACGUAGAAAAUGGCAUCAAAUCAUUUUACGAAAAUGAGGCAAAGUUUCCUGCUUUCAACAAUGUGUCUUUUGAUGAAAUGUGCAUCGGUAUGAAUGUGGCAUCGGCCGUCAAUUGGAUUAAAUUACCAAUCAAUGCUGCCUCGUUGCUUGCAAUUUUCAAACCGGGGACUUUUGUGCAGACAAGAAUUGGAAGAUCUACCUGGAAAUCACUGAUAGCUUCUUCUUCCUUGCAGCUUAACUGCAACCAUGAGGGAUUGAAUGUCAAGAAUUCAGGAAACAUGCUAAUGACGAGAAUUGGUAUAAUUGCAAACCAAGAAAAUGAAUGCGCUUCUCCUGACUCCUUUGUCGGGCUGGGAGGAAUUUGGAGCUCUUGUUGCAACAAAGCCUCAUUGAGUCCAGAUAAUGGGGAUAAAAACACGCUUGGCAUGGGCUAUAUUCUUGUUAGAUAAAAGUAAGGAGCAGACUCUAAAGGAAAGACAAAUCUAACUGUCCUGUAAAUUGGCUAAAUGCUAAGCUAACACUUGCACCCAGAAAAGUACUUCUUAUUUCGAUGUUUCGCUUCUGAAAGUAUGUGCAAGCAUCUCUAUAUCAGAUCUUGUCCGCUCAUAUGCAAAUGUUUUUGACAGUAUUUGGCAAGUUCGCUAUCGAUUGUGCAACAUUUUAGUUCCUGUUUCUCGGAGUGGAAAUUUCUAGUAACACUAUGAUUCCGAUGUCUCGUAGACGCUCGAAUCCGGGUACUUUCUAUCCAAUUGCCCUAAAUUUUUCUGUGAAAAAAGGGUAUUUGCAUCCGCAAUGAAAUUGCACGAGUUAGAAAACCAAUGUUCAUACGUUCAGACAGGCCUCGUUUUCAUGCUGCUAGCGAUAUCGACAAAGGAAAACCUUUUAAACAGAUAACAUGGAAAAGAAGACCAGUGACCCUUCUUAUUUAUCUGCCAUUUAUUAUUUAUCCUUCAUUGCUUUUUUAAAUCAGAGUUGUAGUUUUCUUCAAUUUUCAGCAAAAGCACUUCAUUUAGAAUAUGUGAGAUGAAAUUUUAGAGAAAAAUCUAAUAUACACAAGAUAUGAAUUAAUGUAUUCAAACUUUUCCAUCGUGUUUAAAAAUCUUCACUGAAGCUUUUUUGUUUAUUUUCCUCAUAUCUUGUUCAAUCUUUUUUCAAGAAACAUUUUGUUUCUAUACAAAAAUUUUAUAAAAUGCUUUCAUUUUUAUUUUUCUCCUCCAAGUAAGAGCCUUUUCCAAUUUUCAGGCUGUAUUGGUUCUUAUUGGAUAAGGGUCUAAUCCCACUAUUUAGCCUGUGAAUUUUUAUAUGCGGGUACUAAUGUAUUGUCAUGAUAGUAGUGUAAUUUUUAAUUGAUUGUGAAUGAUGAAGAAUCAUCCAGUUAUGUGGGACUUUGGCGGAGGUAUAGUUCGUAUACAUCAAGAGAUUAUAGAAGCAAGAUAGGUCUGCCACCACGACGUUUGCUUCAAUACAACCACCUUUUGCAUUACAUAGAAGUCUUGCAUCUAUAAUUAAAAAAGGUUGUUUUUCUUAUGUUUAACCAUCGAGAUGAAAGGGUUGUUGAAUUGAAACGCCUUAAAAAGACGGUUUCCGAAUUACAAGGGAAUCAUAACAACACCAGGUGAUAACCAAAGUGGUUAUGCAAUCUGUAGCAUAGCGGUCAAAUCUUUGAUUGGCUGAGAGCUCUGUUCGCUACAAUGUUCUAAGCCAAUCAGCACAUAGGAUUCGGGAAAAUUUCUAGGGUGCGUUUUCGUCAAUUUUCCCGCCGUUUUCAAAUUUUAUUAGAUCCCAGUCUUACCGGGUGAGUGUAUUCGCCAUUUUCAUCACAUAAAAUUAGUAAAAAUGGUAAAUUGUCUUUGGACAAUCAUGAUUGAAAUUACUUUGGGUUGUUGCUGGAAAAUUUUUCACUUUUAUGAAAUCAAUUUUGAUUCCAGAGGACAAAGAUACAUUUAUUGAGUUCGAGGGUGAAUAUGAAUGCCUUCGUGCCGUUGCGGUAAUUACAUUGGCGAUCACCGCCGAAUCUAAGGCUGAACAGUGAGUGCAUCUUUGACGGGAUUAUGAACCAUUUCUAGAUUUAAGAUAAGUAUAUAAUUGAUUUUAUCUAAAUGUGAAAUGUCUAAAGCACUUUGGGUGGGGAGAGGUAAAAACGUAAUUUACCUGAAUCUCGACACCAAAUUUAGCGAUCAUUUGCAAGGUGUUUUUUUAUAUUAUUCUUUGCGAUCAAACAGUGGCGCCAAUAUAGGUUAAAUAGCAACGCAUGAUGAUGAACUGGACAAAAAAUAAAGUGGAAAUUUGCUUUGUAGAGGCGUGCAAUGUUUUUUGUAGAAAGUGUGGUAAAAACACGCCGAAAUGGCGAAAAUGGGCCUAAUUCUAGCUCCGAAGCGAUUUUGUUGUGAGAAUCCUGUGUGCUGAUUGGCUUAGAACAUGGUAGCGAACAAAGCUCUCAGCCAAUCAAAGAUUUCACCGCUAUGCUGCAAUCUGUAAUGUUUCCUUUUCAACAGAUAUCAUUUGAACUUUCCGAUCUUUUUGUUACAUACAGAUGUUUCUGAGACGAAGUCUAGCAUAAUGCAUUUCAAUUUUCAAUUUUUCUUCCAAGCUUCUUUCCUAAAUCGCGUUAAAGUAGAAAGAAGCAUUCGAUGCGAAAAUUGAAUAUAAAACUAGUAAGCAUUACAAUAUUGGUGAAUAAACAAGCUUGGUUACAGAAAUAAAGAAGCGAGAGUCUUUUCUUUAACACUACAAUAAUCAUUUUAAAGCACUGUGUUCCAAUAAAUCGAAUUAAUUCCCAAACAUUAACCCAUAAUUCUCAAAAUCCAUGGCUCAGCAUUUUGAAGUUUCUUGGCUCUCUUUAAAUUGCUUCCAGUAAUUCGCUUACACAAAUCAGUUGUUACCCAAAGGAGGUGAUAAAAGUCCUCAUUAUUCCUCGCCAUUCCUAGUUAUUCCUUGUUAUUCCUCAUUAUCCCCCGUUAUUUCCCGUUUAGUAAAACUUAAAUAUAAUGAGCCGUAGAGCUUAAUUGCUAAAAUCAAUUUGGCAUAUUAGUCAAAAGGAGAUCUGAAGAAUUCUCAUCAAACAUUUGUUAAUUCAGCUCCACAAACAGUUGUAUAAUCAAAGAGAUGAUUCUAAAUCAAACAGUUAUACGCUCAUAGCGUUUACCAACGGUAAAUGAUGUUGGAAAUCGUGCCCCGGGGGUUUUACAACUAUUAUUUGUGCUGCUGUUUGCUGCAAUGAAGUGUUGUGAAGGCUAUAUCAUUAUUUCGUUCAUGCGAUGGCAAGAUUUAUGUGACUCUGUUCAACUUCUUCAAUUCUUAGCAUCGAAUCUAUUUCAGUGUCGUUUUAACAGCUGCUUCCCUCUAUUUUCUAUGAACUUAUAAAAAUGUUUACAUUCAAUCGGUAAUGAAAGGGCCAAUGUUUACAAGAAGCAAAUUCAAAUUCUUCAAAUUCUGGAUGCUAGUAAAACUUUCCUGUUUCAUCAGCGAGCAAUUUCGUAUUUUUAAUGGGAGUGGCAAGUCCUUAACCAGAAGAAUGAAAAGCAAGGAGCUCAAAGCGGAUGUUUGUAGGACACCGUUAGUAAGUUGCUUUUUUCAAAGAGACAGUAAUUCUCCUGGCUAUAACCUCUGACUGAAAUAGGACAAAAAUAGUUUCAACAAAAUUGCAGAAACACCAUACUCUUUUAACAUCUAAAACAAAGGAGAAUGGCUAACUGCAUCGAAGUUUUUCGUAGUCACUAUACAUCAGAUUGUUGUGGCUGAAAACCAAUAAGGGCUUGAAUGGUAUUGUAUACAAAAGUACUUGACCUGAAGACAAAGGCGAAGAUGGAGACAAUCUCUGUCUCUGUUUUUUAGACAAUCUUUUCAAAAUAUUUGAAAUACAAAAACCUCUAUUUUCGCCAUGGGGUCACCGAUUGCUUGCAACUAGAAUCACAUCCUUUAUCAUAAUUGUUAUUGCUGGUAUUAUAUCAGGGAUAAGAUAGGAGAAAAGAGACUAGAUUUUUUGCAAGUGAACACACUUUCUCUAAUCUAUUUUGCCACAGCCGAGAGGUGUUUCAACCGAUUUGUGCAAAUAUGUGCAAUAAUCCAAAUCUGCAUUACAUAUAAUAACAAUAAGUUAGGAACGAGGUUGCUUAUUAAACUAAAAAGGGAUUAAUUAAACUGACAAUGGAAAUUGCUGAUCAAAGUAAACAGUUGGCCUACUGAAGCCGCAUUUACAAGAUCAAUUUUUCUUUGGCAAUUUUCCUUCACAAGUUUUUUUGCCGGUGUAGAUAAGCAACAAGUUUUCUUUGACAACUUUUUCUUGACAAGUUUUAAUUGCAUGUGUAUACAGACAACUAGUCUCCUUGACAAUAGCUAUUUGCUCUGACAAUCCUUCUGGCCAGCAGAGUUUGUAUGUGAGUCCUGGAAUUUCCUCCUUUAACAUAUUUAUGAGUUUCUCAUUCUUUUUUAUGUUCUUACUUUUUUAACUGUCUGCCUUUGUGCGUGUCCCAAAGGCUUUCACGGCUUUGCAGAGCUUCUAAUAGCAUUGACGUUCCUUGACUGGUCCAGUUCAACCUCGUGGCAGCAAUGAGAGCAAAAAACAAGUAAUUUCGCGAAAAGAAGGGUCUGGAAUCGAGUCAAAAUUUUACAUAACACGGGCAAGUUUUACAUAUGACUCCAUUACUCCUGAAAGAAUUAUUAGCAUGCUUUUGAAAACAAUAACCGCUCCUUAAUAAAAACAUACUCUAGAAUUAUAGAGCUGUUUUGCAUUGGAAAGAAACAACAAGACAACAAGUUGUAGACGAUGACACAGAGUAUCUGAAAAUUAUCAUAGACACAAACCUUACAGGGACAAUCAAAUUCAAGUCAUUCAAAAAUAUACACAGAUAUUUCUACAAAAUGACAGCCUGGUAGAUAUCGGGACGUAGUAAAAUCGUUUCAAUGCAAAAAAUAUUGCUGCUCAUCAGCGCUGUCGCUAGUUAUUUUGCUGGAGGAAAAUACCUUGCUCUCAUUUUCAAAACAAAGUUGAUGAACUAUCAUUUAUUUACUGAAAAAAAUCAAAAUUCGCCGACAAAGUAUCUCUAGAUGGCACAAAACAAAGCAAAUGUUUAGCUAGCAUUAUAGCUUUGUACUUAUAGCGUGUAAUAAAAACAUUGCGUUACUUUUACCAUUUUUCUAAAGUCUUCUCAAUUACUUGGCAACAUCCAUUUGGUUUUCAAUAGAAAUCAUAAGAUCCAGUCAGGGAAAAUCAAAUUUAGACCUCGAUUUACAAAAUCUAUUACCCCAAACUUUAAAUAGCCAAAGAAGCUCCUAUUAUCUUACGUUCAUGUCAAACCCCCUUUGAAUGUUAGGAACAUUAUAUAAUUGCUCAGUUUUGGUGUUUCAUAAAAACAAGAGGGUAUGGUCAUUUGAGAAAUUGCAGCUCCAAAAAAGUUAACAGGCGUUGUCGAAAUAAGACUCCUAUAGAUUACAGUCAAUAAAAAAAGCAAGCUUAAAAAGUUAAAAAAAAAUCAGAAAAUUAGGAAAACAGACAGAGCGUUUUAUUCUGGUUUGGAAACAUUUAAAAAAUGCACAUUUUUCAGUUCAAAUUCAAUAUUGAAGCGAUAACAAGACAAACGAUGGGCCUAAGCAGAAGAAAUACAACAGAAAUGUAAUAUAUAUUGUGAGUUGUGAGGAAAAAUAUAAUAUAAGAAUCUAUUAGCCAUUUUUGGAUUUUUUUAACAAAGAAUGCCCCCGGUGCUUGUUUCGUUUUGUAUUUAGUUUUAGCUGUUGGUUGAGGAAAAGUACGAAAAGAAGCCUUUUGUGUGUUUAAAUUAUGUACCGAGCUUUUCUUGACGGCCAAAGCCUUAAUGAUUGUUAAAUUUUAUGCCUUAGAGCCAUGGUAAAAUAAACACAAGCAGCUCCCCAGGUCGUUGAUCCUUAAUUAAUGUAUCAUAAAAGCUCUUUAAGUCCCCCUCUCUAUUAGACCUCCCUUACCAAGGACAAAAUCUAAAAUAAGCCCCACUCUCUAUUAAGUCCCCCUUCUUUGGCCCCUGAUGCUAAACAAAGAAAACAUGCGCAUCGAGUUGGUCUCUUGAUGGAUAGGAUGAUGAUAAGAUCAUGUGCAUUAGAAGUCAAGAGGAUACUGAUGUCGAUUCUUUCGAAGAAAUUGAAUUUUUUUAGAAGACGUCUCACGGCUAUCAAUUGAUCCUGGUGAAUCUGAUGAGGACAUUAUAAUUGAUAAAUUUCAAUAAACUUUCGCAGCUGCUAACACUUGUAUGACGUUUUAUAACUAAAAAAUUCAUAAGAACAUUUUUGUAAAUUUUUUUAUAACCAGUGGCGUGCCGAGGGGCUUUUGAAUGGGGGGUGUAACAUGAGAAAUUUACCGACAGGGUUACAAACAAAUAGAUUUCACUUCCUGUCAGUUGAUGAGUGGCUCUUUAAAUCUUUUUGUGCAAUUAAAAUUUAAAACCAGCUGUUUGGUUUGCAACAAUUUAUAUGUAAAAACUAAACGGUCAACAGCACUUUCUAUGCGAAAAGGCAGUCGUAAUCUAAUUCUAAUAGGCAGACGUAAUCUAAAUACGUAAUCUAAACGUAAUCUAAAUAGGUAAUCGAAAAGGCAGACGUAAUCUAAAUACCGACACACUGUUAUAGUUGUGUAAACUUUUACCAACAGGCAAAAACUUACCGAUGGCUUCUACAAAAAGUGGGGGGGGGGUGUGACACACAUCGGCACGCACCUGUUUAUAACAUAACAUU